AACUGAACUUGAACCGCUAACCCACCAUCCCUGCGAAACCUCCCCAAACCUUUCAUUUCUAUCCGCUGUCUUUGAAUUUGAUAUUUUGAGAAAUUGUGGCUUGUGUUGUUCAGAAAAGUUCCAAGCAGCGACUCAGUGCAGGAAAACAGCAUGCUGAGCUCAAGAUCACUCGUACUUCCGACCGACCUCGACUCCGGUACGGUCGACAUGAUGAACAUCAGAACACCUGGAAAAGCUUUUCAUAAGACGCCAGGGAAGACGAUCGCGAGGAAUAGGGCUACACUACAAGAAAACGCGGCGUAUUAUGGUGGUGCUAUGACUGUGAAUAGGAAGGGCAAAGCGGUAGCACAUACACCAUCCCGCCCUGCCAUUUCUCCUCGAAAGGGCCUGCAGACGGUAGUAAAGCCAAGCAUUAUUGUGUCUCGACCACUAGGCGACAAGACACCGUUUCCUAAUCGUCAACAGAACGUACCUCCUCUACAUACACCUGCUCUCCAAACUGCCAAGAUUGCAAAGCUGUCCUUGCUUGACCAUGAACUCGUUCAAACUCCUGGGCAUUUGCUUCGACCUUCGUCGAACAGAAAGAGUUUGCGAGCACCACGGGCAAGUGGAAGUGGUGGAAAGCGCAAUGUGUUCAAGACCCCAGUAACAAAUGGGAACCAUUGGGAUGUCAGCGACGGCGACAUCCAGGUCGAACUGAGCGAUGCCCAGGCGGAAACGGAAGAAAUAGUUGAGGACUACGAUGAGAUUGAAUACAUGCCACCGAAAGUCCCUGAACAACCUUACGAGCCCUUAUUUCCUAUGCCGGAUUAUAAGGUCCUUGGCAGAAACCUGCUUUGUCUUGCCCAUUCGAGCUACGUCGACGACGCUGCCGAGUUGCAUUUCUCUCGUCCUAUUGACAACGAGAUCGAUUGUGGUCAACUCCUUCAAUCAACUGGUGCAUUCAACUGGGACCAAUCACCUCUUCCUCCGUUAGAAGCUGAAGGGAACCCAUUUGAGUCUGUCACAAUCAAACCAACUGUAUCCAAAUCUAUAGCGAAGCCUCUCAUUCGUUCCACCACAACUACUGCGAUUCCCAACCCACCAACUACCCGAGCCGCUGGUUCUCGUGUCCCUGCUUCGAGACCAAUAUCAAAACUCUCAACCCGUCCCGCUUCAUCUACGUCUACACGCCCCCCAUCGGUGGCGUCGUCGACACGUCCUGGAUCUGCACCGUCAUCGCGUGUUCCUUCGAGGACAACUAGUACUGGUACUAGCAUGGUCACGAAGUCCAGCCCAGGUUCCUCUACAAACAAACUACCAACCCCUCCUACAACGAAACGUGUUGUAUCCACGACUGGUACUUUCCGGAAACCUACCGCGACGCCGACGCAGAACGCUCUAGCGCCAACGAAGAAGUCUGCUCCGGUGAUUCCUCGGGCUGCACAUACCAGGACCCCAUCGGUAGCACCUGCAGGGCCUAACAGAACUGCGCCCGGUGUCAUGACACGGUCACGAUCUCUGACAGUUCCUAGGAGUACCGUGGGCAGGUCAAAAAAUUCCUCUCCAGCUCAGGCUGAGAAAGAAGACCCGUUAUUUACGCUUGAAGAUGACCACGAAAUAUCCUUGCAUGAAGAUUUUCACUUCGAUGUUUGACUUCGUUAGGCAUACAAAGCCCUGGAUUCGUUCAUCGUAUAUUCGCAUCUUCAAAUUUGUUUGUUACGCAUCUAUCAUUCGCUAUGCACAACAUGCAGAUAUGCCAUCCUUGUACGUCCUAGCGAGUCAGCUCUAGACUAUGCCAACAGAAACUACAGACACUAUUCAUGCAUUGACAAUACAGUAUGAGAGUCUUACCACUAUUACAUCUAUAUUCACAGGAUGUUGAGUCAGAAUCAGCAGUCGUAGAGGGAAGACUUACCAGCCAGUCCCACCAUUUCUCCACCCAGUUCCUUGGUGGGGGCUCGUCAUAGCUAUAAUGAAAGACACGUCAGUUCAG